AUGGCACCCAACCAACGCGUUGUCAUCAUCGGCGCCGGGAUCGUGGGCACCAAUAUCGCUGAUGAGCUGGUCUCGCGGGGAUGGAAUGAUAUCACCGUCGUCGAGCAGGGCCCGCUACACAUGCCGGGUGGCUCGACGUCCCAUGCCCCGGGCCUCGUGUUCCAAACUACGCCAUCCAAGACGAUGACCAAUCUCGCUCGCUAUACCGUCGAAAAGCUGCAGUCGAUCGAGAAGGAUGGACAUAAUUGCUUUAAUCAGGUUGGCGGUCUCGAGGUGGCGACGACGCCGGCCCGACUGGAGGACCUCAAGCGCAAGCAUGGAUAUGCCUCUUCAUGGGGCAUUGAUGCUCGUCUUGUGAGCACUGAGGAGUGCCUCAAGAUGUAUCCUCAUUUGAACAAGGAUAUGGUGCUCGGAGGUUUACACAUCCCGAGUGACGGUCUGGCGCUUGCUGCCCGUGCGACGCAGCUGCUCAUUGAGAGUACGAGCAAGGCCGGUGUUCGCUAUCUGGGCGAGACACCCGUUACUGGUAUUGAAAAAACCGACCGCCGGGUGACAGGUGUGACAAUUCCCAGUGGCACCAUUCCGGCCGAUAUUAUCAUUUCCUGCGCUGGAUUCUGGGGUGUCGAGAUUGGUGCGAUGGUUGGCGUACCAAUUCCUCUACUCCCGCUGGCACACCAGUAUGCGAAGACCACCGACGUUCCGGCGCUUGCUGGACGGGAACUUAACAACAAAAUGAACGGAAUGAACGCAUCCCUUCCUAUUUUGCGACAUCAGGAUCAGGACCUCUAUUACCGCGAGCACGGUGGACAGUAUGGAAUCGGCUACUAUGGUCAUCGCCCUAUGCCGGUCAUUGCUGGAUCAUUGGGUCUGACGGGCAAGGAUGUCGAUGAAAAGAACAUGCCAUCCCGUCUUGAGUUUACAUCCGAGGACUUUGACCCCGCCUGGGAAGAGUCCAAAAAGUUGUUGCCCGUUCUGCAGGAUACCCAGCUCUCCGAUGGCUUCAACGGUAUCUUCUCGUUUACCCCGGAUGGCGGCCCUGUCUUUGGCCAAGCACCCAAUAUUGAUGGCUUCUGGGUGGCCGAAGCCGUUUGGGUGACACACUCUGCCGGCGUUGCACGAGCCAUGGCCGAGACCCUCACAAACGGUCGCUCCACGAUUGAUAUGACCGAGUGUGAACUGUCACGAUUCGAAGAGAUUCAAUUGACUCGCUCCUACAUCAACGAAACCUCGGCACAGAACUUCGUCGAGAUCUACGACAUCCUCCACCCCUUGCAACCGAAAGAGUCUCCCCGAAAGCUUCGCACCAGUCCCUUCUAUGCUCGGCAGCAGGAUCUCGGCGCUUUCUGUCUCGAGGUCGGCGGCUGGGAACGCCCUCAGUGGUACGAAGCGAACGCUGAAUUGGUCAAGUCUCUUCCAGCGCAGUGGAAGCCUAUCGAUCGGGACCCCUGGUCAGCUCAGUUCUACUCUCCCAUCACCGCAGCAGAAGCUUGGAAGACACGCAAUGCAGUAGCCAUGUUUGACAUGACCACUUUCCACCGGUUCGAGGUGACAGGUCCUGGAGCCGUCCAUCUGCUCCAGAGGCUGUGCACAGGCGAUGUCAACACUAACACAGGUGUCAUCACCUAUGCUCUCCUCCUCAAUGACCACGGUGGUAUUCGUAGCGACAUUUUCGUGUCAAGACUUGCCGAAGAAAAGUUCCAAGUCGGUGCCAACAGUGCAACCGAUCUUGCCUAUCUCACCCGGGAAGCUCGUCGCCAAGGACAAUGGGUCGAGGUUCGCGAUGUUACCGGUAGCACCUGUUGCAUUGGUCUCUGGGGUCCUCGGGCGCGAGACGUCAUCGGCACCAUUACCACAGAUGAUUUCUCGAACAAGGGUCUGCCGUACUUCGGUGUCAAGGACGCUAUCAUCAGCGGCAUCCCAGUCACAGCAUUCCGAAAAUCCUACGUCGGAGAGCUCGGCUGGGAAAUCCAGACCACCGCCGACUACGGUUCACGGCUGUGGGAAACUAUCUUCCAGGCAGGCAAGACCCACGGGCUCAUCGCAGCGGGCCGUGGCGCCUUCAACUCUCUGCGUCUGGAGAAGGGCUAUCGAACCUACGGCGCCGACAUGACUACCGAGCACAACCCCUACGAAGCUGGAGUUGGGUCCGCCAUCAGAGUAAGCAAAUGGGAGGACUACGUCGGAAGAUCUGCAGUUGAGCGUCUGGCUAAAGAGAAGCCCACUCGUCGCCUGCGCUGUCUGACUGUUUCCGACGGCCGCUCCAUGGUCCUGGGCAAAGAGCCUGUAUUCCAUAACGGCAAGUCUGUCGGCUAUGUCACCAGUGCAGGAUUUGGCUUCACUGUUCGUAAGCCAGUCGCUUAUGCCUGGCUUCCUAACAAGCUUGGCGAGGGCGAAUGUGUCGAGAUCGAGUACUUUGGUCGGCGGAUCAAGGCCAGUGUCACCGCAGAGCCGCUGUACGAUCCGGACAUGAAGCGUCUGCACGACGUCGGGUCAGUUAUAACUCCGGAACCGAUCAAAUCUCGUCUGUAA